AUGUAUGGGAUGGUUGGGAGGGUUGAUGAUGGGGCGGGUAAUGUGACGGGUGAGAUUACUGCGAGCGUCCUGCCUAUUGGUGCGGCAAGUGAGCUUGUUCCUGCUGGUACGGAUGGGGCGCAUAGCGUUGGUCGCUUCUCUCCACCGCCGUCGUCGUCUCCGUUGCUGACGGAGUUUCCGAAGUUCCUCACGAACCAAUACACCGUCAACACCACCUCCCCAGCCCAGUCGACCUUGAUCAUGGACGCGCAGGCCACCAUCCAGUACGCGAACGAAGCUCGGUACGGCUUGUACAAAGUCCAGACCCUAGGUCCACUUGAUGUGUUUGGCGAGGAUGUAAUCUUUGGGACGUUCGUGGCUAGCAUGCAGAGCGAGUUCAGGACCGGGAGAGGGAUUGUUGAUGUUUGGAGAGUGCUGCCGAAUGGGAGGAUUGAUGGCGAGGCGAUUUUGGCGUUGUUGCCGCCUGGUGGGAGUGGGUAG